CUUUGUUCUCAGACAAAGCUGGACAAUAAGGGAAAAAUGGAGCGCUGCCGGUUUUGGAGCGCGUUAAUAUUAAUCCAAGUCUGUUGCAUGAGUUCAGUCGGUGCUUCAGAUACACAGUGGAAAAAAAUAAGAGAAAAGAUCUCUGAAGCUGUUAAAGGAUACACUCCAUGCAGUCCUGUCAACUGCAGCUGCCAUCUUGGCGUCCUCCAACAUGACCUGAAACCGUUUAAAAGAGGAGUUUCUGCAGACCUCCUGGCCUCGACAGUUCAGAGAGGGGUGGGCACCCACUACCAGAUUAUUGGACACAACUUGUACAGAGAGAAUAACUGCAUGUUUCCUGCWAGGUGCAGCGGAGUGGAACACUUCCUCUUGGAGCUGAUCGACAGGCUMCCAGACGUGGAGAUGGUGAUAAAUGUGAGGGAUUACCCACAAGUCCCCAACUGGGUGCAGCCGACUCUGCCCGUCUUCUCCUUCAGUAAGACGUCAGAAUACCAGGAUAUCAUGUACCCUGCCUGGACAUUCUGGGAGGGAGGGCCUGCUGUGUGGCCCAUAUACCCCACCGGACUGGGACGAUGGGAUCUGAUGAGAGAUGAGCUGAAAAAGUCUGCAGCCCAGUGGCCCUGGAAGAAGAAAGAGUCCAAAGGGUUCUUCAGAGGUUCCAGAACCAGCUCAGAGCGAGACCCGCUCAUCCUCCUGUCCAGAGAAGCUCCUGACCUGGUGGAUGCAGAGUACACCAAGAACCAGGCCUGGAAGUCUGAGAAGGACACACUGGGGAGACCUCCAGCUAAAGAGAUCCCUCUGGUGGAUCACUGCAGAUGGAAGUAUUUAUUUAACUUCCGGGGCGUGGCGGCGAGCUUCCGCCUCAAACAUCUCUUCCUCUGCGGCUCGCUGGUGUUUCACGUCGGUGAGGAGUGGCAGGAGUUCUUCUACCCCCAGCUGAGACCCUGGGUCCACUACGUCCCGGUCAGGCAGGACCUGUCCGACGUCAGGGAGCUGCUACAGUUCGUCAAAGAGAACGACGCGGUCGCUCAGGAGAUCGCCUCCAGGGGGAAGGAGUUCAUCCUCAACCAUCUGCGGAUGGAGGACGUCUCCUGCUACUGGGAGAGACUCCUCACCGACUUCAGCCAGCURCUCACCUACAGACCCAGCAGGAAGCCCGGCUACAAACAGAUCGUCCAGAAGCCCAGCAGAACUGAGCUCUGACCGCCCCGCAGCAGCUGACUCAGCGUAAUGAAUGUACUGCCUGUGCUACAAAAACCAGUUGUAACCAGUUCAGACUGGUGGAAGUUCAGAGAGCUGUGGGCGCUGCAGCUCCUCCAGGUGGUCACCUGACAUUGUCAGCRGCGACAGAGCAAUAAUGUUUGUUUGUUCCGUUAGCAAAAUACCUCAGAGAUCAUUCGCCUUCAACUUUCAGUCAAAAUGGCRGCCACACCUAAACAACCUUACCCAACACAAACACGUCUCUAACUCAGUCAGUUUCCAGGGGCGGAGCCAGAGGGCUUGCUCGAGUGGCAAGUGCCAACCCUGCCACUUGAUUGGCCACUCCAGGUGCUGCCCACAGAUGAUUGACAAGUGGGCGGGACUAGCAUGUGAUAUUAAGAUGGGCAGUAAAUAUCUGAAGCAGCRGUAUUGUCUGCUGCAGUGAGAACCUUUAGAGCCAUUUUAAAUAAGCUGUGGUGGACAUUUAGAUUUUUCAAAUCUGUAGUAAUUUUAUUUGUUUUUAUUUGACCCACUCAAAAAAAAAAAACAAUUUUGCAAAAAAUCUAGCUCCGCCCCUGUUGAUUUCACAGCUAGCUGACCGUUGGUGUGUAGUAGCUACACAUCUCACAUCUGUGUUCGAAACUUCAACGAGCAAUAAGCCUCUCUGCUACAAACACUAACACUGUUUAUUUCCUGUUUUUAUUCAUCUAAAGAAGCUGUGAAGGGAUUAUAAUCCUAAUAAUCUGAGCUAAAUUGAGAUUUUGGUUUAGAUUUGGUUCUUUACAUGGACCUAACAGGGUGGCAGCUUCAGAUGAAYGAAUGAAAGUCAAAACAACUUCAAUCGAUUCUAGAAUAUUGUUCAACGAUUUGUUUCAGCUGAAUCUUUUCAUCAUUUAGGUUUGGAUGAGGAUUAGGGAUUAGGAUCUGAUUUUAAGUUAAUUAUCUUAAUCUGUACAACAAUCGAUCGUUAAGUCUGAUCACCACAAUAAAUCUAAUCCUGGRAGUUUCAGAGAAAGCUUCAUGUGUUUACAGUUAAAUAAUCUGUCUGGAGUGGAUUAAUGAGAUCACGUCAGGAUUAAUUUGAUUAUGUUGUAGUAUUCAUUUUAUCCUGUCAUUAAGAAGGUUMUUAUUCUUGUCAACAUUUAUUUUGUUUUGUGCAGCUGUUUGAAGCCGUGGCCAGUUUGUAUGUUUUUUUUUAAUGUUAUUUUUUAUUUUGACCAAAGAAGCUGUGAUCAAAUCUUCUGUCAGAUUUUUUUUACAACUUUUUACUAAAAUAAACAAAGUGAAAACACUUGAA